AUGUUCCGACCAGUAGCAGUUCUUGCGGAUUCCACUGCUGGUACGCCUGGAGAAAAAGUGGCACGAACUAAGCUCAUUGGGAUUCCUACCGUAAUUCGGUGGAGCUCUGGCGAUAAACAGCCGCCUACGACGCGCCGCGACGAGACGCCUGGGCGGCAGACUGGUGCCAAUGUGUCCUAA